UUCUCAGACUGACUCGUGAUUGGUUUCCACCAGCACGCCGCCGACAGCAGGGUAGUACGUCCAGUCAGCAUGUUGUCAGUGAAAAUGGCGACUUGGUGUGUGCGGGCGCUGAGACAGAGCUACUGUGUUGUUGCUUCUCCUUCACUAUUCAGAGCGUCUCCGCGGUUGUUGUGCACAGCCGCCCAGCAGAAGAAUGGCCGGGGCUCGGAGGAUGAGACAGAGAAGCCGGAGCAGAGUGCAGCAGAGAAGACCCUGGUGGAGGAGAAGACCCAGCUGGAGGAGCAGCUGAAGGAUGUCACGGAGAAGUACAAGCGGGCUUUAGCUGACACAGAGAACCUCAGGACCAGGAGUCAGAAGAUGGUAGAAGAUGCCAAAUUAUAUGGCAUCCAGGGCUUCUGCAAGGACUUGCUGGAGGUGGCAGACAUCUUGGAGAAAGCGACGGAGAGCGUGCCGAAGGAGGAAGUGACGAGCCAGAACCCGCACCUGAAGAACCUGUACGACGGCCUGGUGAUGACCGAGGUGCAGAUCCAGAAGGUGUUCAACAAGCACGGCCUGGUCAAGCUCAACCCCGACGGCCAGAAAUUCGACCCAUAUGAGCACGAGGCGCUGUUCCAUGCACCUGUGGAGGGCAAGGAGCCCGGCACCGUUGCCGUAGUAACCAAGGUGGGCUACAAGCUUCAUGGUCGAACCCUAAGGCCGGCUCUGGUGGGCGUGGCCAAAGCCUCUUAGUGCUGAGGCAGCACUGUGACAGAAGAUUUGGUGUUUGGCCGGGACGAAGGAUCACCUCGAGUAUAGCAGACUGGUCGAGGUCCCACCGCACUCUUCUCGCCGCCCUCUCCCCCCUCAAACCCCCUACCCCCACCCCCACCUCGUGGUGCCUCAGGCAGACAGGAACCAACUGAACUGAACAUGCAAACUGUGUGAACAGAGUUGCAGCACUUUGGUGUGGGGCGUCUCAUCUGGACGAGUCACAUUAGAUUUCAGAUUUCAGUUAGAUUUCAGCCAUGUGUCUUGUCUUUGUCAUAGUAUGUUGCUUUUUCUCUGGCGGGAUGUAGUGCUCCUACCAACUGUCAUUGAUGUUAUUGUUAUUCAUAAUGGAAUCACUGUUUGUAAAGAAAUACUUUACACCAAAUCACACGGAAAGGUCUGCAUGUCUUUAUGCAGGCACAAGCCACCUGACUGGAAGAGAAACAGUUGAAAAUAUGUUGUAUUCAUUAAUAACCUGAUGCUGUUUAUUAAAGAAGCAUAAAAUGUCCUAACUUCAAGUUCUGUUGUGGCUCAGCUGUUAAUGUUAAAAUAUCAUCAGAAUAUUUAGUGUUAAAAUGCAUAAUGGGAUUGGAGGUGAGUGAUCCUGAUACUGAACUGCUGAUAUCAUUCCAGACAUUUUGUUUAACAUCAUAUAAUCUUUGAUGUGAUUCCUCCCUUCCUCGUUUCAUUUUUACGCGAUUAAAAGUUUGACAGUUUUACUGUAUUUUAUGGACGAGGCAGGAACUUUGUAAAGCCUGAGAUUUUUUUUGCAGUGAAAUGGGUUUUCCAAGGGUUGACUCACCAUCAUCAUCAUCAUCAUCAUCAUCAUCAUCAUCAUCAUGGCACAUCAUAGACAGAUGAUGUUCAUAUUGGUGCUCAGGCUUCAUUUGAUGGUAAUGUCCCACUGCCAGCUUCAGAAUAAACUGAUCAACUCAGGUUUCCUCCA